AAGAGGCGUUGAGGUAUUUCUCAACGCACCGAUAUGUGCUGAUAUCGGGUUUCGAAUUGCAGACCGUUUGGAAAAGAAAAUGGGUGCGAAGAACCUUUUGUUGAUAAUAUUGGGAUCGCAUGGUGCUCUUGUUUCCCGAGCUCUGGAACAAUUAGGUUUGCGCGCCUUCAUGUAUGGGGAGCUUGUCUGUGCAUUAGUAGAGGAACUCAAGGAGCUGAGGCCACCAGAACGUAGUGAAGCACGGGAUUCAGUGCUGAAGGUAAACCAUCAAGGGCACCCCACUCGCACCGUUGGAAUAAGGGAACUGGAAGGCGGUGUCACGAGGAUUCCGAUGGAGUACGGGGUGCUGUACCUACCGAAGGUUGAAAACUUUCCGCUGAUGGACGGCUUUUUCUUCAUGGAGUCACCGCGGAGGACGCUGGUUGGGCUGCAGAUGACUACGGCGAGUGCGCACCACACGAUACCCAGCACCGUGAGGCAGUUCACUGAGCGCCUAUCGGCAUAUUUUGAAGGAUGGGACGAAUUAUCCCGAGACCUGUCGUGGGAGAUGAUUUAUAUACAACACGCAGACAGCAAAAAGAUAUCAAAAUGGCAUGAAUGUGAUCGCGUCAAUCGCAAUAAUGAAACCGACGCUGAAAAAGAGAUUGUGGCGUUCUGGGACGGAAAGGUACACCAAUACCAGUUUGUGUUAACACGUGAUUUUGUAAAUAAAAUCCGAGAAAUGAAAACACAACAAUCUUGGGGGAAGAGGGAUAGGGAAGAAAGUUGGGGAAAUAAUUGGGGAACAGAGUGCACAUCGUUUUGA